AUGGCUAGUGGCCAUACGCUUCACUUCGACCCAGAUCUUCACCCAGAUGAUACGCUAAAAGCUUUUAAUGAAUUUAUACAAUCAUUCUACCUACGUUACGAAGCACAAUACCCUGAUCCACCAAAAGUGUCUAUUGACGCUGCAAUUGAACGAUGGAAAUUAGCCAACGAAGACGCCAAACCAACUCUGGAACAAUACGAUACGCUCAGGAAUGAGUGGAGAUCAAAAGAUCGAGUUGCAAAAUUUCUUGGAAUGUUUUCUUCGAGACGAAUGUACGCGGAUUGGCAAGUUGCCGAACCCAAUGUAACAAAACGAGCACAGGCGACAUGGGAGUCUUUCGUUGCCCAAAUGCAAGCAUAUUAUAAGCCAACAGAAAACUCUACACUUAAGAAUCACCAGUUCCGCACACUUACUCAAGCCACACAGGAGGCAUUCCCUGCGUUCUGUAAUCGUGUGUACAAAGAAGCCCAAUACUGCACCUUCAAAUGCCACAAUGAUGACUGCACGGCAGAAGAUACAGCAAUUCGAGAUCAGAUAAUUAUCGGUACAAUCCAUGACAAGAUCAGAGAAGAGGGCCUCAAGAACUCUUGGGACCUACAAAAACUACGAAAAGAAGGAAUGCAAAUCGAAAGUGCAACUAAAGGGGUUAAUGAGUUAAAUACUGAGAACCCAAUUAACAAAAUGGGGAAAUAUUCUUAUAAAAACUUGAAAAAGAAACAGCAAACAGGAAAACCACGAACAUGCUACUACUGCGGACAAGACAUUAAAGUAUCUAUAAUAGAACAUGUCAAAACCUGUAGAGCGAAAACCAGCAAAUGCAAUUUCUGCGAUACAAUUGGGCAUUACGAGUCUGUUUGCAGAAAAAAGAAAGCUGUCAGAGAACUGACAACCAUCAACCCAGAAUCGCAGCCUCGAGAUGAGGAAGACGCCGAAGAAUCUGGUAUAUACAACAUCAACAUCUUCAGAGUCACCGAUACUAACCCAUACCAACAACACAAUACCAGUCAAAGAAGGAAGGAAGAUUUCAAAGUGCAAGUCAUUGUCAACAAUAGCCUUGCUACUGUCUUAGCGGACACUGGGGCAAGUAUUAGUGUUUGCGGAAAGGCAGAAGCUAAACGAUGGAAUCUUCUUUCGAGAAUGGUCAAGACCCAAGCUAAAAUCAAACCAUACAACAGCCCUCCCAUACCAAUUUCUGGCACCACUAAAUGCGCCGUAACGUUCGGAAAUUCAUCCAUCCCAGUAGAAUGGCACAUUAUCGACAACCCCUGCGAACCAGUACUUGCAGGACGAAUCGCAGAAGAGCUUGGUAUCAUAAAGUUUGACGCCAAACCAACAGUUUUUCAACCUGUACAAAUGAUACACUCGACUGACAAUAAAGAAACACUGCAAAACAUUUUGCAACAGUUCCCACAGAAUUUCAAAGGCUUGGGGAAGUUGAAGAACCACCAGGUCAAGCUCCAUGUAGACACCAGCAUUAAGCCAGUCACCACACCUGCCAGACCAGUGCCAUACCACUUGAAGGAACGUGUCACGAAAGAAAUCGAAAAGAUGAUUAAACAAGACGUGAUCGAGGAACACCCAGCCACAGAACCAGCCCCAUGGAUUUCCAAUGCCGUGAUAGCGCCGAAAGCCAACGGAGCAAUACGUAUGACACUUGACGCUCGUAACGUUAAUAAAGCCAUACAAUCGUCCAACUUACCCAUCCCCCGGCAAGAAGACAUCAAAGCCAAACUCAGUGGAGCAAAUGUGUUCUCAAAGAUGGACUUUAAAUCGGCUUUCUGGCAACUAGAACUGCACCCGGACUCGAGAUAUUUGACAGUCUUCCACGCAAAUGACAAACUAUACCGAUAUAAACGUCUCACCAUGGGAGUAAAGCCUGCACAAGGAGAACUUAACAUGGCUCUUCAACCCUUGUUUGCAAACAUCCCCCAAGCCCACCUUAUCCAUGAUGACCUAAUCGUGGCAACCACAACAAACGCAGAACACAACGAAGCAAUCGAAGCCGUCAUGACCGCCAUAUCAAACGCCGGUAUUACACUAAACCCGGAUAAGUGCACGUUCGGAGUACCAGAAAUCGAAUUCUGGGGCCUACGUAUUGGAUCAGAUGGCGUACGACCCGAUCCGGCCAAAGUUGAAGCUCUUGACCAUAUGACACCGCCACAAUCCAAGGAAGAGUUGACAAGUUUCCUGUGCAUGAUGCAGUCCAACUCAGAUUUCAUUCCCAACUUCGCUCAAUUAGCGGCUAAACUGAGAGAAUUAACGAAGAAAAACGUCAGAUUCGAGUGGAACACAGAACACCAAACAGCCUACGAAGUCCUGAUUGCGAGAUUCAAGCAAAAUACGCUGCUCCAAUACUUCGAGAUGAGUGCACAAACGUUUCUAUUUACGGAUGCACACCAGACAGGGCUCGGGGCGAUGUUAGCGCAAGGCGACAGCAUUGAGAACGCACGACCAGUGGCGAUAGCAUCGCGAACGACUAACGCAGCAGAGCGAAGAUAUCCGCAAAUUGACUUGGAGGCACUCGCAAUCGAUUUUGCUUUGAGAAGAUUUCGACAGUAUCUCGUGGGUUCCCCUACCAAGAUCCAGGUGAUAACGGAUCACCAACCUCUCUGCACGAUUUUCAAUGGAAAGCGCCAAGGGUCCAUUCGAACUGACAGAAUUAAGCUCCGCCACCAAGACAUACGUUUUACCGUGACAUACCAGCGUGGGAAAAUCAACCAAUCCGACUACCUCUCACGACAUGCCAAACCAAUCGAGAAGCUGACGUGCCAGGAACGGCAAGAGGCCGACGACCUCAACAACCUACUGUAUAUGCUUCACACUACCCCGAUCAUCGACUGCAUGGGUAUUGGAACUAUUGCACAAGCCACCCAGAACGAUCCAACCCUCAAAAAGAUUGCAACACUCGUCAACCAGGGGUUAACCUGGAUCGAAAAAACAGAGUCGAAAGAAAUCCAACGUUUCCAGAAAAUACUUCCAGAGCUUACGAUGACCGCAAAUGGUAUUAUUCUGAAAGGCGAAAAGAUCGUACUUCCAAGUAACCUCCAAGAUACGGCCAUCCGACUGGCACACAGAGGAGCUCACCCUGGCCAAAGUGGACUUGAACGACGACUCAGAUAUCAUUUUUUCUUCCAUAAUAUGAGUAAGAAAAUAGAAGAAUUCGUCAAAUCAUGCAACCACUGCAGUAUGUUCAUUGACAAAAAGACAAAAGAACCCAUCAAACCACACCGGGUUCCCGAGAAAUGCUGGGAUACUGUAUCAGUCGACCUAUUUGGCCCGAUGCCAACAUCUAAGCACGUGGUCGUCGUACAAGACUUAGCAUCACGAUUCCCAGCCGCAAAACUGGUUACAUCGACAAAGGCAGAUAAAGUGUUACAAGCUCUCAGCGAAAUUUAUACAACGUAUGGCAACCCCGAGGUCCAAAUUUCCGAUAACGGGCCUCCCUUCAAUAGCGCUCAGAUGCACGACUUCGCAACGAGUAAGUCCAUCAAAUUGCAGAAGGCUCCACCACUUCACCCAUCCUCCAAUCCAGUCGAAACGUUUAUGCGUCCUUUGGGAAAGGCCAUGAAAAUUGCAUAUCAAACCAGGGCUCCUGAAAAAGAAACAUUGGAGACAACACUAAACAACUAUAGACACACACCUCACCCAGCAACGGGUAUCCCUCCCGCAGCCAUGAUGUUCCGAGAUGGACAGCGCCACGACUUUCCGAGAACUUACGCAACCGAAGAGGACGUGAGAAGAGCUCGGGAAGCAGACAAACAGAAGAAAACUGACAACGAAGAAAAAAUAAACUCUUCUAAAUACAGGAAGAAAUCAAAUUUCAACAUUGGUGACAAAGUUCGUGUUAGAAAUUACCGAAAAUCGAGGAAGUUUGAUCCCGUUUUCCUCGGUGAACCAUUCACGAUCAUCGACAUCAAUGACGAAGGGAACAAACUCAUUGUCGAACAUCAAGAAAACGGGUUUUCGUUGUGCCGUCACCCAGAUGACGUCAAACCAUUUAUAGAACCAAACUAUAUCGAAGUCGAAGAUGUUCAAUGGCCAGUAGGAGAUGAAGGAGACGCGGCGGAAGAUCUCGGGAUUGAAAAACGCGGAGAAACUGCACCAACACUGAGACGUAGCGAGCGGAAAAGCCGGAACCCCAAUCCACGAUACAUUUAG